UUUCCACACGCAUCUCAAUUUGCAUUUCCAUUUACAUUUACAUUCCAUUUGCAUUUCAUCUCCGAUCUCUCUAGUCUCUACUCCCUCUCUCUGUCGCUCUCUUUCACUACAAACCCCCUUCUCUCUCUCUCUCCGCCUAUACUUACAUAAUCGACAUUGUUAUAUACGUAUAUUGCAUGCUCGAAUUUAUAUUUUAUUGCUAUUUCCCCCUUUCCCCCCUGUCGUUGUCGAAGUUGGAGUAACAGAGGAGUUGAUCCAUAUGGGAAGCGAAUCUCCGAUUGGCUAUACUCGGGUUUCUCUCUCUAGAUAUGCGUACGUAUCUGCCAAUCGUCGAUGAAUGAGAGCGCUGCCUAAACGCUGUCGCAUUACUCUCCGUUCCUUCUCUCUCUCUCUAUGCCGCUGUUGAUCUUUGAAAAGCUUCCGUUUUUAUCCUUCGUUGACUGAAGCAUGUGCAGUGGUCCAGACCAGUCCAAUUCUAGCUCAUCUACCAACCAAUCUAAUUCUGAUACAAAAUUGAGUAUGGACUCAAACCAACUUACUGUUGUGACUGAUGAUUGUUUUUCAAGUUUUCUUGAACUUGCCUCUAACAACGAUGUAGAGGCUUUUAAAAGAUCAAUUGAGCAUGAGCCUUCUGCAGUUGAUGAAGUUGGACUUUGGUUAGUUCGCAAGAAAGGCUCUAAACAGAUUGUCAAUGAGGAAAGGACUCCCUUGAUGGUUGCUGCAACAUAUGGUAGUGUUGAUGUCUUGAAAUUGAUCAUUUCUCAGCCAGGAGUUGAUGUCAAUCAAACUUGUGGCCCAGACAGGUGCACUGCUCUUCACUGUGCUGCCUCUGGUGGCUCCAUCAAUGCCACUGAAGUUGUUAAGUUGCUGCUAUCAGCUGGGGCUGAUCCCAAUAUUGAGGAUGUUAAUGGCCAGAGACCAGCUGAUGUAAUUGUUGUUCCGCUGAAGCUUCCAGGUGCUAGAGCAUCUCUUGAAGAACUGCUAUUGAACAAUAUGUCUGAUGGACCUGUUGGUGAAUGCCAUUUGCAGGUGUCCAUAACUACAAGUACUUCCUCGCCGGUACUCUCUUCCUCACCAGAAAAUGGGUCCCCAUGUUCACCUUCAGACUUGGUAUCUUCUCCUAUGGCAUCAGAAUUCAGUGAUGUUCCUGCAAAUUCUGCUCCAGAAAAGAAGGAAUAUCCUAUUGACCCAUCCCUUCCAAACAUUAAGAACAGCAUAUAUUCAACGGAUGAGUUCCGAAUGUUCUCAUUCAAGGUGAGGCCUUGUUCUAGAGCCUACUCUCAUGAUUGGACUGAGUGCCCUUUUGUGCACCCUGGAGAAAAUGCACGCAGAAGAGAUCCUAGGAAAUACCACUACAGCUGUGUGCCUUGUCCUGAUUUUCGUAAGGGUGCCUGCAGGCGGGGUGAUAUGUGUGAAUAUGCUCAUGGAGUGUUUGAGUGCUGGCUUCAUCCAGCUCAGUAUCGAACACGAUUAUGUAAGGAUGACAUAAGCUGUGAUAGGCGAGUUUGCUUUUUUGCCCAUACUCCUGAAGAGCUUCGUCCAUUGUAUGUUUCUACUGGUUCUGCAGUUCCAUCACCUAGAUCUGCUGCUGCAACAGCAAGUGUUAUGGACAUGGCUGGUGCAUUGAGCCUUAUGCCUGGUUCACCAUCAUCACAUUCUGUUAUGUCUCCUGCAUUCAAUCAACCCAUGUCUCCAACUGCCAAUGGAAUGCCUAAUUCAUCUAUGGCUUGGCCUCAACCAAAUGUUCCGACUCUUCAUCUCCCUGGAAGCAACCUCCAGUCAAGUCGCCUGAGGUCAUCACUCAAUGCACGAGAUAUUCCUCUUGAGGAUCUGAACAUGCUGCAGGAUUUUGAUGGCCAGCAACUACUUCUAAAUGACUUGGCUUAUUUUUCACAGUCACGUCCUAAUUCUACAACUUUCAGUCGUUCUGGCUGUUCUAAAACACUAACCCCUUCAAAUCUUGAAGAGCUAUUUUCUGCUGAGAUCACCUCUUCCCCUCGAUAUUCUGAUCAAGCAGCGGCUUCUGGUGUUUUCUCACCUUCACAUAAAUCAGCUGUUUUCAAUCAGUUUCAGCAGCAGCAGAACAUGCUCUCCCCAACCAAUGGUAAUGUGUUCUCUCCCAAAAAUGUUGAGCAUCCUCUUUUACAAGCUUCAUUUGCCAUAUCAUCACCUGGUAUAAUGUCACCAAGAACUAUGGAGCCAAAAUCCCCUAUGAGUUCCCAACUUUCUGCAUUUGCUCAGCGUGAGAAGCAGAAUCAACAGAUACGUAGCCUCAGUUCCCGGGAUCUUGGUUCUAGAAAUGCCUCAAUGAUUGGCUCGCCAGUGAGUAACUCAUGGUCAAAUUGGGGUUCUCCCAAUACAAGGAUUGAUUGGUCUGUAAAUGGAGAUGAACUUGGUCGCCUGAGAAAGUCAUCUUCCUUUGAAAAGCUCAAUAGCAAUGGAGAUGAGCCUGACCUGUCUUGGGUGCAAUCUCUUGUAAAGGAAUCACCACCUGAGAUGAAAGACAAGUUGACAGCCCGAACUUCAGGGGCUGUGCCAUCCGGUGAGGGUUUGAAAUCCAAUUCUCAAACUGAUUCCAUUGAUCAUUCUGUUUUAGGAGCUUGGCUUGAGCAGAUGCAACUUGAUCAGCUUGUAGCCUAGUGACAAGAUGAUUCAUUUUUCGCUUUAGACAAUUUUUUUUAGGGAUUUAUACAGUAUUAUUUUGGGCCUUUUUUGGCUGGUGGAAAGGAAUGCAAGCUGGAAGUAACAUGAUGGGUAUAAGCGGGCAAAACUCUCUGAAAGUAUUAUUGAAUUUCAGCAUCUAUUUGUUUACAACAGACUUCUCAAAUUGUUGACUGGGCUGUAUCAAAGAAACCCAGUCAAGUUAUGGUAAGGUGUAACUCUGCAAUUUACAAUUCUAGGAUUAAUAUUCUCCCUUGUCUUUCAUAUUCUCCCUUGUAACUAUUAGGCUAAAAGCUUUUGUAUCUUGAUGCCUCAUUUUCCUUGGCAAUAUUGCUCUGAUAAUGUAAUUCAAGGGAUGAAGAUUGAAUAAAGGCACUUAGUUCUUGUUUUGGGGCUUUUUAGUGCGGGGAAAGGGAGCAUUAAUUUUUGCUUGAUGUAAAACUGAACUAAGUUAUUGUUAUUAUUAUUAUUUCAUUCCAUUUAUUUUUUUUC